AUGUCGACCCCGUCCACCUCGCCAGACGAGCACACCCCCUUGUUCGACGACGACCUCGAGGCCGCCACGACCCGCACCCGCUCAAGCCGCACCCUCACCCCGCUCCUCCGCUCGCCGCCCUCGUCCACCUCGGCACCCUCUCGACCCCGAAGCAUCCGCAGCCUCGCGUCGUACGGCACCGCAGCAGCAGCAGCAGCCCGCAGGUCGCCCUCGCCGUCACCGUCCUCGUCCGCCGACGAGUCGAGCCGGACCCGUCGCGCGAGCAAGAAGCGGCCUGUCGGCGCACGCUGGGCGGGCGAGGUCCGCUCCCGCCUCUUGUGCAUCAGCAUCGCCGUCCUGUUGGCGGUCUGCGUGUACGCGAGCUUUGUCGAGGACUUUAUGGGCAACGUCGAGGCCGCCAUCUCGUGCGCGACCUGCAUCGGCCUCCUCGCGCCCCUUCAAGCCCUCGCCAACCUCGGCGACGACGCCUUUGUCGACCUGUUCGUCGGCUUCUGCACUCGGCUCGGCAUCGAGGACGCCGACGUGUGCGCCGGCGCCGUCGGGACCCAAGCCCCGAUCCUCGCGCACGACCUGCGCUCGAUCCGCCUCGCGUCGCCCGCCGCCAAGAACUUUUGCACCACCAUUUUUGGCCUGUGCCCGCUGCCCAACACGAUCCCGCACGCCGUCAACCUCACGGCCGCGCCGCUCGAGGCCGCCGACCACCCGGCCGCGCUCGAGGCCCUCAAGCUCGGCCGCACGCCGCGCGUCAAGAAGCGCUGGGUGUCCAAGGGCCGCAAGCCGUUCCAGAUCGUCCACAUCAGCGACGUGCACGUCGACCGCAGCUACGCUCCUGGCGCCACCACCGACUGCUCAAAGGUCAUCUGCUGCCGCAACUAUGGCCCUGGUUCCCUCGGCGACGACGUCAAGCACCCCGCAGGACCUUUCGGCCACAAGAAGUGCGACGCGCCGAGCGCCCUCGUCGAGAGCAUCUUCGUGCCCAACAACACGUUCUCGAUCUUUACCGGCGACGUCGUCGAGAGCGCCGUGUGGGCUGUCGACCAACCGCUCGUCACGUCCGACAUGGAGGCGUGGCACGCCGACAUGCAGCCCGUCUCGUACCCCGUCAUCGGCAACCACGACGUCGCGCCGGUCAACGCCUUCCCGCGCUCAACCUCGCCGCAAUCCUCGGCGUCCGACUGGGUGUUUGACCUCGCGGCGCGUGACUGGGAGAAGUGGAUCGGGAGGCGUGCGGCUCGGCAGGUGCGCGAGACGAGCGGGUGCUACUCGCGCGUGCACCCGGGCACCGACCUCAAGAUCAUCUCGCUCAACACCAACUACUGGUACAAGCAGAACUUCUGGCUCUACGACUCGGACGUGCCGAUCUGGGACCCGAACGGCAUCCUUUCGUGGCUCGCCGACGAGCUCGACCUUGCCGAGCGCGCAGGACAGCGAGCCUGGAUCAUCGGGCACAUGCCGUUCGGCAAGGUCGACGCCAUGCGCGACCAGAGCAACUACGCCAACCAGAUCUUCCAGCGCUACCACGACACGAUCGCCGCCCACUUCUACGGACACAGCCACGUCGACGAGUUCGAGAUCUCGUACCCGGACUACGAGAACCGCACGGCCGACAACGCCAACGGCAUCGCCUUUAUCUCGGGCGCCCUGACGCCGACGAGCGGCAACCCGGUCUUUCGCGUGUACGACAUCGACCCCGACACGUACGAGGUCAUGGACUUUGUCCCGCACUACACGAACCGCUCGGACCCGCAGUACCAGGUCGACCCCGUGUGGCAGCCGUACUACUCGGCGCGCGACAGCUACAACUCGUACCUCGACCCGCCCAUCCCGGCGUCGGCGCCGCUCAACGGCACGUUCUGGCACCGCGUCACCGAGGUCUUUGAGCGCAAUGAGACCGUGUUCCAGCUGUUCAACGAGCGCCUGUCGCGCGGCGGCAAGAUCGAGGACUGCUCGGGCCCGAUCUGCAGGAACAACACGAUCUGCAUGCUCCGCUCGAUGCAGAGCGAGUCGAACUGUGCCGUCAUCCAGCCGGGCCUGUCGUUCAAGGACCAGAAGCGCGACACGGACGCCGUCACCGAGCCGCAGCGCGACGAGGAAGCCUCGCCCUCGGCGUCGUCGCUCGGCCUCGAUGACCCCGACGACGACGAGGAAGAGCCGUUCGCCCAGUCGAAGCAGCACGACUUUUUCGCGUGCGAGGGCCCUGGGCUGGCGAGCAUGCUGCGCAAGCUCGGGAGCGGGCUCGCCGUGCCGGGCCCGUCUCCACUGCCGCCGCCGCCAGCUCGAGCGGGUCGGUUCGGCGUGCAGCGUGCGGCCAAGCGGCAGAAGGGCAUACAGUUCUCGGCGCUCAGGGCGUUCGAGCAAGAGGCGCACGGCGCCGUCCGGCGACACAAGCACAAGCGAAGGAAGGAGUGGGUCAAGUCGAUGCUCUUCUUGGACUAGACUGUGUAGAGAUUCGUGUGCGUGCAACGCUGUUGUAUGACAAGGG